AAAUGUUUCAAAUUUUCAGAAACAACUGAAAAUGUUAAAAAUGACAUCAUUUGUUAUUAUAUUGUCCAGUUUGUUUAUUGGAACAGUUCUGGGGCAGGGUAAAUUCUCAGGAGGUGAAUCCUCAUCAUCAGCUUCAUCGUCGUCUGCGAGCACUAGUUCUGAUAGUGGUAGUUCAGGUGGAGGAUUCAGUAUUUCAUUUGGUUCUGGUUCAUCAUCUGAUUCUGGUUCAUCAUCUAGUUCUAGUUCAUCAUCUGAUUCCGGUUCAUCAUCUAAUUCUCGUUCAUCAGGUGGGAGUAGUGGACCUGGUUUAUUUGGCUUAAUUGCAGCUCUUCUCGGUGGAGGUCGUGCUGACCCGCCUGCUCCCAGAUUUAAUCCAAGAGGAAGAGCACUAGCAAGAUUUAGUGGGGCCAGAAAUGCAAACCAGAGAAGAUUUAGCCAGAGACAGCGACCUCAACAAAUACAACCUCAAAGACGGUUUCAGCCUCCAGUUCCAAGACCUGUUCAGUUUCAGCCACAGCCUCAAAGAUUUGCGCCGCAGACUUUAAGAUCUGUUCAAAUACAGCCUCAGCCUUCAAGAACUGUUCAAAUACAGCCUCAGCCUUCAAGAUCUGUUCAAAUACAGCCUCAGCCUUCAAGAUCUGUUCAAAUACAGCCUCAGUCUUCAAGAUCUGUUCAAAUACAGCCUCAGGCGUCAAGAUCUGUUCAAAUACAGCCUCAGAUUUCAGAAUCAGUUCAAAUACAGCCUCAGACUUCAAGAUCUGUUCAAAUACAGUCUCAGACUUCAAGAUCUGUUCAAAUACAGCCUCAGGCGUCAAUAUCUGUUCAAAUACAGCCUCAGAUUUCAGAAUCAGUUCAAAUACAGCCUCAAACUUCAAGAUCUGUUCAAACACAGCCUCAAACUUCAGGGUUUGUUCAAUUACAUCCUAAGCCUUUAAGAUCUGUUCAAUUACAGCCUCAGACCUCAACAUCUGUUGAAAUACAGCCUCAGACUUUAGGAUAUGUUCAAAUACAGCCUCAGACCUCAACAUCCGUUGAAAUACAGCCUCAGACUUUAGGAUAUGAUCAAAUACAGACUCAGACUUCAGAAUCUGUUUAUAUACAGCCUCAGACUUCAAGAUCUGUUCGAAUACAGCCUCAUUCUUCAGCACCAAGAACAGCACUAAUAAGAAACAGGAAACCUUCUCCUGUCUCCAGUAUUAAAUCUACAAUUGUAAACCAUUUUGCAAGGAAAGUUAAAGCUGUGACAAGGUUACUGGGAAUCUAGCUUGUUCAACUAAAAGUGCAAGUGAAGAAGAAAGAAGGAUGCUAUUAAAUCGCCUCAGACUCUAAUUUUCUGAUUUUUAUAUCAUUGCAAAUUUGACGAUGUAAUCCUUGAAUUUAUUUCAAGCUUAGACUAUUUCAUGGCAAGAAAUAACAAAAGUUUAUUAAUAUCAGGUUGCAAAGAUUUUUUAUAAAAUCCUUUAUUUUCAGAAGGAACAAAAGCACAUUUUUAAGUUGAAUUAGAAUAAUCUUUUAUGUAAAUUUUACCAUUUUAUUUAACAUAUUUCAUGGCGAGAAAUAACAAGGAUAUAAUAUCAUGGACCAAAUUUAAUGAAUUUGAACUGCCUACUGCCACGCCGGCAAACUUUAAAUCACAAAUAUGUUGUUCGGCAACGUAGCUCAAAUUCAUUAAAUUCGGUCCUAGGUUGCAAUUUGCAAAGAUUUAUUUUUUAGUAGAAACAAAAGCACAUUUAACUUUUAAUCUCAAUCAAAAUAGUAUGUUAAAUACCUUAAGUUUUUCAUGUUCAUUAUACAUCUUCUAUUGAGAAA